AUGGCUUAUCAAUCGCCACCAACAACACCAAUGGUUGCUUCUUCCCAAGAUUUCACUGGAGUCGAAAUGGUUGACUUGUAUGUCGGUCCAGCGAAGACACGUUUUCAUGUACACAAAGCGAUCCUGUGCUCCAAGAUUCCAUACUUCGAUAAGAUGUUCAAGAGUGGUGGAUUUAUUGAAGCCUCCAAAAAUACCGCAAUAUUUUCUGAAGACAGUCCUCAGUUCUUUCAUAUACUGAUCGAAUGGGUAUAUUCUGGAUCCCUAGGUUCAAUGAACUCAUCCGACCCGGCAGUUAACACAAACCUCUUGAGUACCAUCGCGUUUUAUAGAUUAUUAGACAAAUUGUGUUUACCUCAACUCAUGGAUAUCACCAUGGAUAUGUUCCGAAGACAUCAAUGGGAGAAUCGUUUUGUGAUGAGGGUGUCAAACAUCCUCCUAUCUUAUCAAAGGUUGCCCGAGGGCUCACCAUAUCGUCGCUAUGCCUUGCACUCCUUUCUGUUUGCAUUUUACAUGCAGCGUGAGCCCGAGCGAGAUAUUUGGACAACGACCUUGAUGAAGGAUGCAGUAGUAGAGAACGCUGACCUCGCCCAAGAUUUCUUCACUCUUUUAAGAGAUCAAGUCAACGUCCGUGCGCCAAUCAAUCCAGAUGUUGUCGAUAAUUGCCUCUUUCACUGCCACAAAUUAGAUGAAGAGUGUCCUUUAAGAGGAAAGAAAGAAGCAUGA